UAGCUCCUAAAUGAAGUUAGAGUGAUAGACUUAACCUGGGACACCCAAAAUAGUUUGGGACAUGAUUACCAGAGAGGCCACUCCCUCCAUGAUACAGCUGAAGAUGGCAGCAAUUGGCUCUCCUCAAGCUCUUUCCUUUAAAAGACAGGGCUGUGGUUGCAGAGGGUUCUUCUGGCAGCAUCCUCAGCCCUGUGGUCUGGUACAGCAAGGGUCUUCUUUUCAGCCUUUGGAGGAGAGGUUCCAUAAAACAUGAGGAAGAUGGUGAAGAUUUGCUGUUUUCUCCUCCUCUUAAGUUUGCUCAGUGGGCAACUCAAUGCCAGCCCUGGACUCAAAGUGAGGAUCACCCAGAAGGGGCUGGAAUAUGCCAAGGAGGUUGGGCUGGAAAUCCUGAAGCAGAAUAUGGAGAAGGACCAUUUCCCCGACUUGAGUGGCUAUGAGAAAUUUGGGCUUGGUAAUGUCAAAUACAACAUCUCAAGAAUACAAGUCACCGCUGUUGAAUUCCCCAGUGCUUCCAUCUCCCUCUUACCUGGCACUGGGAUAAAACUGGUGAUUGGAAAUGCUUCUCUAACCAUUGAUAUGAACUGGAACAUAAGGACUUGGAUGUUCAAAGACAGUGGAAGAAGCACAGUAUAUAUUUCAAAGGUGUUUGUUACUGCAAUCUUUUCAACACCCCUGGAUAAUACAGGUCAUACAUCAAUAUCACUUAGCAGCUGCCGGACAACUUCUGGUGAUAUAGACAUCAAGCUGAAUGGGAAAAGUGGCUUCCUGCGUAACUUCUUUAUCAAGUAUCUGAAGAAACCUAUUCACAAGAGCUUGGUCACAAACUCAUGUCCCAACAUCAGAUCUGGGAUCCAGCUGAUAGAUGAAGACAUCAGAUUGCUAAAUGUCCUAAUGCCAAUUGAUGAUUUGGCCGAAAUAGACUACUCCUUAAACAGCUUGCCAGCAGUAUUCCAACCGUUCAUUGACCUGGACUUGCAGGGCACAGUCUACCCAGCUGGAAACUAUACUGGCCUUCCCUAUGUGGCAGUGCCCUUUGCUAUCCCAGACCAAAACAACUCCAUGCUCUACCUUGCCUUCUCAGAGUAUUUCUUUCAGACCUCUUCAUUUGCUUACUAUACCGCAGGGGCAUUCAACAUCACCAUUGCAGAGGAGACUUGCAGCUAUUUUAAUAUAAGCACAGAGAUAUUUGGCAGUAUCAUCCCUGAGGUAGCCAAAUAUUCAGUUACACCCUACCCAGUGAUGUUGAAGCUAAUGGCUACUGAAAUACCUGUCAUCAGCUUAAAGCAGGAUUCCUUCACGGUAGAUAUCCAGGGCUCCAUGGAGGUGUUUGCUGUUCUGCCAGACUCAACCACCCAGUCAUUGUUCGCAAUGAACGUAGCAGCCAACACCAGCAUUGCUCUGAAUAUAUUUGACCAGAAAUUGAUGGGCUCGCUAUGUUUGAACAGGCUCCAGUUCUCCCUAGCCCACUCCAAUGUUGGCUUUUUUGAGAUCUCACUUCUGGAGAACAUCCUGUCUUACAUCUUACAGACUGAAGUAAUUCCAUCAGCUAAUGCUAAACUGUCAAAAGGAUUUCCUCUUCCUAAUCUGGCCAAUGUUACGUUGAUGAGACCUCACAUUACAAUUGCACAGGGAUAUAUGUUGAUUUCUACUGAUGUCCACUACAGACACUGAAGGAGAAGAGAGACCACAAGCACAAACUUCAAAUCAAUAAUGUGACUCUGAAAGCUAAACGCCAUCCAGUUCUGCUGAGAUGUGUAAUGAGCUCUGACAAGGGCAAUGUCAUCCUGGUUGGGGGCAAGGGGGAUGCGGGAGGUAAAGAAAGCUGAUGGAAUGGUUAAGCUGUACAAUGGUGGCAACAAGCAGACCCAGAGGAGAACAUGCAACACAUGCUUGACAUUAUUUAUGCUGGAGUUUAAGUCAUGCAAAAAUGCUUUUAAGAUUAAUGCCUCUCUUGAAAUACAGUCUAGUCUUGUCUAUACACUUCCAGAAAGGGUGUGGUAGUCUCUCAAAAAAAGGAAAAGAACAUUGUCCAAAUGCCUGCUGAACUAUUUCUACAGUAAUGGUCUUCUGAACACAAUGCAUUAAGUAUGAAGCGAGCCCUGUCCAGAACAAUGUCAAACUGGGAACUGUCCCAGUUACAAUGGGAACUAAAUUUUUUGCAGUGCCUUAGCUCAACUCUUAAUUUUUAUCAAAGAUGCAGAAGCAGUUCAGGAAGAGAGACAAAGUGGCACUACUACUGUCUCUGAUAGUCCCUCUUCCCGCUUUGACUCUUCAAAUCCUUGUGUCUGUCAUGUUCCCUGUUGAGCAUUGCUUAGCCAGGUUAGUAUGUUUAACUCCUUCAAUGUUUCUUAAGUCUAACCCUCCAACACCUUUGUCAAUGUUUCUCUGAAUUGAAAUGGUUAUAGAUACUUUGCCUCUUACUUCAUUGUUAUAUGUUGUCCUACCCUCUUCUUUU